CCCAGAAUCCUCCGCGCUGCUCAGAAGGUGACAGGGGACAGUGAAAAUGGCCGCUGCCUAUCUUACUCACCAACAAAAAGUGUUGCGGCUCUACAAGAAAUCACUGAGGCACGUCGAGUCUUGGUGUGCUCAUAGAUACACAUACCGGUUCCAAGCCUGCCUUCUGCGGGCUCGCUUCGAUGACAACAAAGAAGAGAAAGACAUGGCUAUGUCCACCUUGAUGCUGAAGGCAGGAGAGGAGGAGUUCUGGAAAAAUCAACACCCCCAGCCCUACAUCUUCCCCGACUCUCCUGGAGGGACCUCCUACGAGAGAUAUGAGUGCUACAAGGUCCCAGAGUGGGUACUGAACCACUGGCACCCCUCAGAGAAGGCCAUGUACCCUGACUACUUCUCCAAGAGAGAGCAGUGGAAGAAACUGAGACUGCAGAGCUGGGACAAAGAGGUCGCCCAGCUACAGGCUGAGACUCAACCCGACGGCCCCAAGACCGAAGCCCUUCCUCCUGCACGCACGGACGGAGACCUUCCUCCUCUGUGGUGGCAGUUCGUCACUCGCCCCAGGGAGCGCCCCACAUAAACACCCUCCACCUCCUGCGGUAUAAGGGGGAAGCUAUCUUCACCACACAACAGCAGCAGCAGGAAGACCGGCUGAGCUCUUACUGAAUUACUGUCUGUCUGUAAAGAAUGUUUUAUUAGUCAUUCACCUGUGCAGGUUGCAUGGCUGAAAAAAAAACAAUCUGCCUGAAUUUACACUGAUCCUUCACUAGUCAGAUAAGGAUGUUUGUGACUUUGGGAAGUCCUGUAGAUGUAUCUAUUAAAACCUGUAACUGUUCCAAUAAAUAAAUAUGAUGUAAAUGUU